AGACAUCCCAUAGCUUGUUCACUGUUAGAGGCUGACGCACACUUGCUCCAUAGCCCAUAGCACUUUCCCAACACCUUGCAGCAGUAACCAUUGCUAGCAUUCGACUGAACGGAACUCUUAGCUAGGCUGCACGGAAAAACUCACUUUUAGCGAGCACGAUAGUUCUGUAGUCAUCAUGCCGCCCGUUGCGGGCGUAGCCACGCACCCGCCAAGCGCGUACCGCGCAUGGGUUCCUCCCCCCGCAGUAAUCACACCCGUUACAGUCACCCACCCGCAGUAUUUUCACCCGUCCCGUGCGUAUUUUGAACCCCCCGGAGACCCCUCAGCGGAACAGUUCGCGGAAGAGCGAGCGUUUGCAGAGGACCGUGCGCGCGCCGCGUCGAAAGUAGGCCAAUGGGUCGACGCGCAUUUCUCCGUCCCGCCCGCCGCAACUGACGCCGCGAUCCCCGGGCAUCGCACGGAAGGGUACCCUUUCCCGUGCGAGGUCGCAGAGGUGGAGGAAGGGACGGAAACGAACGGCGAAGAUGCGAGCGGAAACGGACGGCGGAGAUCGUGUUUGGAGGACGAGGCGCUAGAGCGGAAGCUGGCAGCCGUUGAGAUGGAGAACUGCGAGAUGACGGGGCGCGUGGCGGGGCUGGAAGCGAUGCUGCGCGAGCGAGAGAGGGAAACCGCGGACAUGCGACGACAAUUAUUCGCUUAUACGCAGGCACUCGAAGCGGGGCGGGACGACUCGUUGACGCGCGCCGAGCUGAUAAACCACGUAGUGCAGCUGACCAAUCAGGUGCAAGAGCUGGCGCAGGAGCGCGACUCGCUUCGGAACGCACCCCACGGAAUCGCGCUCACCUACGGGCUGCGCCCGACUGGCGGGAUUGCUGGUGGUGGCGGCGGGGGCGGCGGGGGGACACCCGACGGCGCUUUUCCUGUCGCUCCAGCUGCUGCAGUAGCCGCUGUACUGCCUACAACCGCUCCGCACCCUGCUGCUGCAGCUGGUAGCGCUCGUGCCGGCGCUGCCGCUGCUGCUCUCUCCCCAUCCGCUCCUCCUCCUCCUCCUGCUCCUGCUGCUACUUCUCGGGCUCCCGUGACUAGUAGUGCCCCGACUGUUACUGCUCCCACCGCGCCUCUUUCCUCAACGAAUCCAACGGCUACAACGGCUACAACGGCAGGUCCAAAAGUACCUGCGGCCAAUCAGCUGCAAGCAUCCGCGUUUCGCGCCGCGUACCGCCCGCCACCCUCCACGCUCGACGUCUCUAAGGACGUCUCUAGAGACGUCCACCAAAAGUCAACAGUAGUAAGCUCCUGCUACCGCGCGCCGCCGGCUCCUUUAGAUGUCUCCCAAGAUGUGGUCUCACCGCCGCCCUCCCAGGAGAUCCUGACCGUCGAUCGCGAGCAGAGCUCACCAGCGGGUGCACGCGCCGAAGGGCAGCAGCGGGUUCAAACCCCCGCGGCUUCCGCCUCCGCCUCCGCCUCCGCCUCCGCUUUCGCCGCAAAUAUGUCUCGCGACGUGAGCCAAUCUGCCGCGCCGCCCGUCCAGCGAUCGUUAUCGCUCCACGCGUCUUCUCAGCCGGCCAAUGGCGGGGCUACUAACGCAAAUAGCGGGUUAGCUCUUAGCGGGGAGACUCGCUCCAGUUCCUUUUCGCAGCAGCCCUCAUCGCGUCCGUACAUCCUCAACAGCUCAUCACAGCCGUCCAUUCGCCCGGCACAGACGGUUUCAGCCGGCUCCGCGACGAUCUACCACGCCGCGUUUGCCGCUCCGCAAUUCGCGCCGCAACUCGCGCCGCAAUCGGCGCCGUUCGGCGCGGUGCAAGUGGUGGGGCCGCAGCUCAGCCGCGUCGGGUCCAUGCAGCCUCCCGUCGUCCAAUCAGCUUCGAGCAUUUCCGCCCGCGCCGCCGGUGGGGGAACUCUUGCGCGCGCUGGUUCCAUGGCGGGGAGCGUGGGCGGAGCCGAGGGAGCGCGGAGCGGGGGCGGACGUGGCGGAUUUGGCGGAAGGGGCGCAAUAGGCACAUUGGGGGGAAAUGGGGGAGUAGGGCCAAUGAAAGCGAUGCCUGCCAAUCCGUUUGAAAGGGCGAACGUGGCGGACUACAGUCAGGCUCUUGUCCCUUACACCCCACCACCACCAUCAGCAGCAGCACCAGCAGCAGCACCAGCACCAGCAGGGGAUCACAACCCCAGCCGCCUAGCCCUAGCCCUUGCACCCUCCGCCCCUCCCCCCAUCCAACUCGUUCCCCCCAUGCCAGGCGCCAUGCCUGCUGCCCCGCUGCCGUUCAGGAGACCAGGGGGAGGGGGAGGGGGAGGGGGAGGGGGAGGGGGAGGGGGAGGGGUAGGGGGAGGGGGAUUUGGGGGAGGGAGGGGGGGAGUGUGGGGAGCGGCAGCAGGGUUGCAGGGUAGAGCGAUCCCCAUGGUGGCCGUGUAUCCUGAUGCUGCUGCUACUGGUCUUAUGGCGGUUAGGGCAGCCAUUCACGGGCUGACACGUGGCACUGUAAUGAUCAGCAGCAGCGGUGGUGGUGGGAGCGGGGAGCAGUGUGAGAAGGCUAUUAAGCAACUAGAGAUGCUGCUUAAAACCGGACGGGUUACCAGGGCGGAUAUUCUGGCUGGAGUGCAUGAGAAAUGUACUGUGCUGCUGGAACAGGUUGUCCCCCCCUCCCGCUCCAAUGCUCUUGUACGCCUUAUAAGCAAGGGCAUUUCUCACGCUACAAGCACCACCACGUCUACACCUCCCUCGGAAGACCUCUUCCUAUUGGACCCCUCCUCCUCUCUCAUCGCUUCCCUCCUCUCCGCUAUAGUCACACUCGGUUGGGCCCCUUCCCAGUGCUUUUUCGAUAUAGUCAUCAAACCUGUAGCGAGUGUCACUGUGCACCGGCUGCUGCUUAUAGAUUUUUUAAACGCGGUGUUUUGGAGGGGAGGGAAGGCGUGUGUGGGGGCGGCCGUGGAGGGGUUGGGAGGGGUGCGGAGGGUUGACAGGUGGAUUGGAGUCAGGGAGGAAAACUUGCCUUCGUCGCAAGAACUAGCCGGCUGCAAGGUGUUGGUCAUGAUUAACACAAAAUCCGGUGGACAAUGGAAGAGGAAGUGGGUUUUUGGAAAGUAGGAUUGUAGUUGCCCUUUUGCUAGAGCCUUUGAUUGCAUGAUAAGCUACUUGCAUCGUAGGCCUUUUGAAUCCUUUAAAACAAAAAUGAUUUGUUUUCUUUGCCAUUAUUCUGUGUCAAUACAUG